AUGGCAGCAGUCAGGGACAGUUUCCUUGACCUGGAAAAACAUCGCCUGCAACUUGAAGACUCUGUUGCCAAGCUGCAGAAGGCUUUGCAGCACUGGCAAAAAUGGGAUGCUGAAUACGAGUCCUUGAAGGAGGAAAUCGAAUCGGUUCCUCAGCCUGCCAGUCGAGAGGUUCUCGCGCGCAUUCGCAGAGACUUUGAGGGCGAGGUCGUCGACAAGAAGGAGAUCAAUGACCUUUUUGGGCGCAUUGAUCUGAAACCUGCCGACCAGAUUGUCAACCUGCUUUCGCGUCGCAUCGACUAUGUUUCCAAGAACAUCGCCACUCUUGAGAAGCAGCUCGAGACUGCGGAACAGAAGCACGCUGCCACCAGCGUUCUCAGCAACCCUGAUGUGCGCGACGAGGACGGCUUGCCUAUAACGGAGAUUAUUGAGGAGCUCGACGAAGAGGGAAAUGUGCUCUCCAGCCGAUUGCAGCAGCCUGGCGACUCCAGCGCUCAGAUCAGGGAGAUCCUGGAGAAGGCAGGCGUAAAGGACAUCCCGGCUGGCCAACCCUCACAGACGGAGACGACAGAGCCCAUCGUGGAAGACAUUACCGACGAGCCUCUGGCUAAGGCAUCCGAGUCAUCAUCACCAUCCCAGGACCCCGCGCAGUCUGCAAAGGUGUCACUUCCCGAAGCAGAGGUUGACGACUCUGUGGCAGUCAAGAAGUCCGUUUCAUUUGCCGAAGACACCAAGCCCUCGGCAGAGCAGCAGGUGUCGAGGAACGCUCAACGGGUCGAAGAGAUCAUGCAGACGGCCAGGAGCCAGGAAGACAUCAGCCGCGAAGCGCCCGUCAUUCCCGAAGACGAGUCUGAGGAAGAUGCUUUCCUCCGCCGAGAGAUGCUGAAGUACGGUAUGGAAGAGGUGGGCCAAGUCGUGGCUGAACUCAACAUUGAAGAUGGCGAUGGCGAUGGCUCUGGCGACGAUGACGAGGACUGGGAGUAUGAGUACUCUGAUCUCGAGGACGACGAUGAAGAAGACAAGUUUGGUCGGUCUACUUCCAGCGUCCUGGACGACGGGUACCAUCAGCGGAUGUUGGAGCUUGAGAAGCGACUCGGGGUCAAGUCUCGCUUCACUGAGAAGUCAGAAGCAGACGACCAGGAUUCAGACGAAGAUCAACAAGGCAUUGGUCGCAUCAUCGUCAGCUCAGGUGACAAGGGCAAGACGGUCGAAGGCGCCAAGCCGUCGCCUGUGCCCACGGCGUCCAUUCUGAGGACCUCUUCCCCAACAGACGCGGACGAGAGCAAGAAGAGCGUACGCUUUGCACAGAGCCUGGACGUCGCUCCAGACAGCGUUGCCGAACCCGCUGCUACGCCGCCGACUGUUCCGCAACCACCGCCAGAGCCCAUCGUGGAGCCUCUCAGCGAUAUUGUGGAGCGUACUGGUCCCGCUAAGCAAGCGGAGGCCAAGUCCACCCGCAAGGCGUCUCGUUUCAAGAAGCAGAAGGCAGCGCCAACGGUCGUUGAUGAUGGCUUCGUUCCGAUGGGCCCGCGCGAUGUGCCGUCACGCUUCAUCGACCAGGACAGGCCCACAGCCCCGACAGGACCUGAGGGGAAGAUACUGGCAGACGCGGUCGUCGAGAAGGAGAGCAAGCCUCAGGACGAAAAUGCAUUUGACGAAGACUUCAUUGACCAGGAUCUCGCCGACGAGUAUCACCGACAACGGCGGAACUUCAUCCAGAAACAGGGCGGCUUCCUCCAAGAGGACACCUCUGUGGUCCGGCCUCUUGACGAAGCUGAUGGUGGUCAGCGCAUCAGCAAGUUCAAAGCUGCACGCCUCUCCAAGCAGUGA